GGCAAAAAACGCCUCGGCGUACAAAUUGCCAAUUCCCAUCAAGUUCAGGCGGAAAAACGUUCUCUAACGUUAUCACACUGAAGAUCCUCGUGCUAUUAAAUUGCCGUAUAUGAUCAAUUGCAAGUAAUUUUCACCACUCAAAAUUCACUUCCUGAAUAACAUUCUUUAUGAUUGGCUGUCGACACUUCAUGCAUCUUAUCCGGACAUCACCCACGCUAUCGCUCGACCACUAAGUGUUGCCGUGCAGUCCGUCGAUCCCCGCUAUUACUGACUAACCCUGAAAAUAUUUGAAAACUGUAACUUUAACUUCCAAUUCGAGGAUUCUUUUCCCCUCCAACCCAGGUCAAAGUGUGAUCAAACACCCAAAGACCUGGACAAUCAUACCCCGCAUUCUCCAGUCCUGCACGAGGGCAGUUGGAACUUGAAAGUGGAACGAUAGGCAGCAUAAGAAACCUGGGGACCCCAAAUUCAGAAGAUGGCUCUAUCUUCGACAUCUGACGAUCUGGCCGCACAGUCGGAUACCGAUAACACAAUGGGCAACAUUCACAAUCUCGAUCACAUUGAAGGCAAUGAGAAACCUCUUCAUUUUCCUGAAGAGGACGAUCUCAAAGCCUCGACAUCAAUGGAACAGAUGAUUAAGGAUGCGAGAGCAUCUACGGAAAAGGAACAUAACAUGUCACUACUUCAGGGAAUCAAGUUGUAUCCUAAAGCUAUCGGAUGGUCUCUUCUGAUCUCGACAUGUAUUGCUAUGGAGGGAUACGACGUCUGUUUACUGAGCAACUUUUAUGCAUUUCCUCAAUUCAAUGAGAAGUAUGGUGAACAAUUACCUGAUGGGACAUGGCAGGUGCCAGCUAAAUGGCAAGCAGGUUUGAGUAAUGGUGCCAAUGUUGGUGAAAUUAUUGGUCUAUUCAUCAAUGGCUGGGUUUCCGAAAGAUUUGGAUAUCGAUACACGGUCAUGACUUGUUUGAGUCUGAUCAUUGCAUUCACGGCAAUUUUCUUUACUGCUCAAGACGUCAUUGCGCUGGAAGUUGCUGAGGUUCUAUGUGGUAUUCCAUGGGGAGUCUUUCAAACGCUCACUGUUACUUAUGCAUCAGAAGUUUGUCCUCUUGGACUUCGUGGAUACCUCACUACCUAUGUCAAUUUCUGUUGGGGAUUGGGCCAAGUCAUUGGUAUCGGAGUUAUCAAAUCUAUGUUACCACGAACUGACGAAUGGGCUUAUAAAAUUCCUUACAGUCUACAAUGGAUGUGGCCAGUUCCACUCCUAGUUGGUAUUGCACUUGCUCCAGAAUCUCCAUGGUGGCUUGUUCGAAAAGGAAGAGUCGAAGAAGCUAAGAAAUCGCUUCUUCGAUUGACCAGUCUAAACAAGGAAACAAACUUUGAUGCCGAUGAGACUAUUGCAAUGAUGGUUCAUACUACGGCAAUUGAGGAGAAAAUCACCAAAGGAUCAAGUUACAUGGAUUGCUUCAGGGGUGUAGACAGACGUAGAACUGAGAUUGUCUGCAUGGUAUGGGCUAUGCAAAAUCUUAGUGGAAACUCCUUUUCAGGCUACUCUACCUAUUUCCUGCAACAGGCCGGCCUGCCCACCUCGACAUCCUACGACUUUGCUAUGGGUCAAUAUGGUAUCAACAUGGCUGGGGUUUUUGGAGCCUGGUUCCUCAUGAGCAUAGGAAUUGGUCGACGAUCUCUCUACCUUUAUGGUCUUUGUAUCUUGUGCAGUAUGCUUUUUAUUCUCGGAUUCCUAGGUCUCGUUCCAGCUUCACAUAAAACCGAGGCAUCGCUUGCUACUGGCUCUAUCAUGUUGGUAUGGGCAUUGGCAUACCAACUUACCGUGGGCACGGUUUGCUAUUCUUUAGUCGCCGAAUUAUCUACAAGAAGACUUCAAAUCAAGACUGUGGUUUUGGGGAGAAACUUGUAUAAUAUUGUGGGUAUUGUCUGCAGUGUUAUUACGCCAUAUAUGCUCAAUCCUGGUGCUUGGAAUUGGAAAAAUUAUGCAGGAUUCUUUUGGGGCGGAAUUUGUUUUCUUUGCAUCAUCUACACCUAUUUCCGCCUUCCUGAGCCUCAAGGCCGCUCUUUCGCUGAACUCGAUAUACUAUUUGAGAGAGGCAUUAGUGCGAGAAAAUUUGCAACUACCAAAGUGGAUGUUUUUGAUGAUGAUGUGAGCGUGGAUAGUACGAGUGCGGUGAAGAACUAUGAUGAGAAGAGUGCCGCUGGCGCCAGAGCACAGGAUAUUGGAGCUUCAUCUUGAGAUGGUGGGUGCAAAUACGAGAUUCAAGUAAAUUGGAAAUCAAUGAAUGUGAUGGGAUGAGCGAUAUGACGACACGAUGAUGAGUGGGUGAAUAUUUUCAAGGAGCUAAAUGAUGAAACGGCAAACGGCGAAAGAUGAGAGCUUCAGGGGAAACGGAAGGAAGAUUGCAUUGCGUCUACCUCAAAGAUUGAAGAAUAGACACGGCGUUGGGACUUGCAGAUAUAGUGAUGAUAAUGGAUGCGAUUGCUGAUUGACGAACGGGAGGUAGUUGGAUAUGUUAAGAAUUUUUUAAUGCAAUGUAGAUACUCAUUUAUUAAUACAAUAUACAUAGCUUUGCUCA